GGAAAGUAUGUGCAUAAUAAAAAGAAUAAAAGGAAUGAGUGGAGAGAGGGUUUUAGAUGUUUAAAUAAAAGAAGAGAGUGGGGUGUGGUGAGAGUGGCGGAAUAAAGUAAAAAAAUAACAUAAAUUAAAAGAUGAAAAGGGCAACCGAGUGGGAUAGAGAGAGCCCCCCCCGUUUUGUUGUCUCGUUUCUUCUUUAUUCUCCUCAAGAGAGAGAAGUUCAGGAUUUGCCGCCCGUACAGGUCGGCGGCGCGUGCGGAGGCGAUCGCGGCGGUGUCGCGGAGGUUGUUGGUGGCGACGAAUUCCGCCGCGCCGGCGGGGCGUCGACGGCCUUGCGAACGACGUUGAGGCCGAGUCUCCCGUUGCAGCGGUUCAAGCUGCUGCAGAGGUUAUUCUUCCCACUGCCAUGACUCAGGUGACAGGUGAAUGGAAGGAGGAAGUUGCCGUAAUCAAAAUUCAAACGGCAUUCCGUGGAUAUAUGGCAAGAAGGGCAUUGAGGGCUUUGAGAGGGCUUGUCAGGCUGAAAUCAGUGGUACAAGGGACUCCUGUGAUACGGCGAACUUCGAAUGCUUUAAGAUGCAUGCAGACUCUAGCCCGUGUGCAAUCUCAGAUCCAGUCCAGAAGGAUCCGGAUGUCGGAAGAGAAUCAGGCACUCCAGAGACAGCUCCUACAGAAACGUGCAAAAGAACUAAGUUUGCAGAUAGGAGAGGAAUGGGAUGACAGUCUACAAUCAAAAGAACAGAUUGAAGCAAACUUACUUGGCAAGUAUGAGGCAGCCAUCAGAAGAGAGAGAGCACUGGCUUAUUCUUUCUCUCAUCAGGUAAUGUUUAUAGUAUUUUCUAGUGUUUGGCACAGCAGAAAACGUUUUUGUAUUAAAGAAAAAAAUCAUGUUUGGACUUUUUCUAAUUUCUUCUGCAACCACUGCAAUUAAGUAUAUAGACAAGCGAAGUGCCUUCUGGUUGCCCCAGACUUUUGGCAUAAGCUAAAGGAAGACCACGUUCAUAUAAAUUUAGAUCAAUUGCUAAACAAUGUUGAUAGAUCAAUUUUUUACCAACUUGUUUUCCUAUAAACAAAUUGAGGAUCAAAAUCCUGGCACGACAAAGCUUCCUAAAUCUCUACAACCUGUAUUCUCGUGUAACUCUAUAUCUUUGGCCUCCUUGGUUUUACUUAUUUUCUCACCUUAAACCCCUCAGGAGCUCUACCUUGUUAACCACCAUAACAAUGAUGCCUAUUUGCUUGUUUUUCUACAUGCUUUUUCAGUUUUAGAUAAUUUAAAAUUCUCUCUUAAUUAUAAUUUUUUUAUUUCCUUUCCUUUUUCUUAAUUCUUGAAGUCACAUCCUGUAUCCUUGUAAAAAAAAUUUAAUAUUUAAAUUAUUCCUCAAUAUUUUGAGCAUCUUCAUAAGCUAGAUAUAUGGUUCUACAUGUUGACAGUGUGCACAAGUGAACAGCACAUGCCAUGCUGUUUGCAUCAGAUAGUCAAACAAAAGUUUUAUUGACCCUCUAAAAAAAUAUAUAAAAUGAACAAAUAAAAAAUAGUAAUUGUCCAUGUCAUCUUUUGUAUUUUAAGUUGGUCUAGCCAAUCAAAUAAUAA